ACGUUGCUCCGCCCCUCGUCCACACGUUGCUCCGCCCCCUGGCUUCGUUAAUAAUCAGCGCCCGACCGCUGCCCGACGUCAUUAGGAAUCGCCCGAUAGAAGGCCGUUGGUCCAGGCGGGGUGAUCGCUGAAGGUUGACAAAUAUAAAUUUGAUCGGUUGGAAUAUUUCAGAUCGUGCACGUUCUUUGUUACGCAGUAAUUUAACAUUAAGUCGCAUGUACUGAAGUACGGACUUCAGUGGCGCCAACUGCCAGAGGUUAACACGCUCGAAACCCCGCGGCUCCAGCUUCUGAUCACCGGCCGCGGGAAACGUCACAGAGGCCGCGUCGACGUCACGGGGCGCGGGGACGUCACGGGCGCGGUGACGUCACGCGGGUGAGCGGCCGACAUGCCGGUGUGCAGGUAUUUCCUGGAGGGCCGCUGCCGCUUCGGGGCCAACUGUUGGAACGAGCAUCCCCGCGGUGGAGUCUACAGUAACAACAGAGGAAGCUGGGGAAAUCAGUUCCAGAAACAUCAACCACGAUACAUUCAACCAUCAACUUUCUCCAAACCGGCAACGUGGGGAGGCGGUGGCAGGGAUGUCGAGAGAAGAGGAUUUGGUUGCUCAGACACUGGCAAGAAAGCAAUUGCAAAUUCUGGAAGCUUUAUACAGAACAGGUUUACAGCCCUGUCUAAUGAUAAUCAGGAACGUGAUGUGGAAAACUUACUGGAAGUUGUAAGAAAAGACAUUGAAGCAUGGGAAUCCUCUGGCCAGUGGUUGUUCUCCUGUUAUUCUGUUUCCAAAGAAUAUGCUUGUGUUUCAGGUUUCCUGGACAUCUCCCCUGAAGAACUUCGACUAGAAUAUUAUAACAGUAGGGCAGGAGGCAGCUUACAACAUUAUGUUGACUCCAUCGGACAAUUAUCAAAUCAACAUAGAAACAGGAUGCUUGAACUGAAAAAGCCAAAUUCAUCUGCGAGAGUGUCGAUGAUUACUGAAUUGAGAAAGCCUAACCAACAGAAACCAUCAGUAGGUUUUGGUGCUGUGCAACCUUCAACUUUUGGUUCAUCAGGUUUAGCCUCUAUAAGCACGACUAUAAGCAGCAACACAUUUAGCUUCAAACCAGGUGCUGAAUUAGGGAAUGCUACAACAGCCCCUACAUUUGGAAGCUCAACAGCAUCUUCAACCCCUCCACAGUCGGGAUUUGGAACCAAGCCAGUUGUUUCUGCUUCAGUCUUUGGAAACAAACCUACAUUUGGGGCUCCUCCAGGGACAAUGGCUUCAGGCUCUGUGUUUUGUAGUUCUGUAGCCAGUUCUGCCCCAGGUCUCUCUGUGUUUGGAAACUCUGCUCCAUUUGGAAGCAGCAAAACAGCUUCCAGUGAUUUGGGGAAUUCUGCACCUACAUCUACAGCAUUUGGGAGCACUGUAAAAGCAACAACUAAUGCGUCUGGGGGCACUGCAACAACAACUACUACAACAGCAAAUGUUUUUGGGGCAAUUCCAGCACCUGUCCCUCAGCCACAAAACACUCCUGCAAGCAACAUUUCAGUUAAUGGAUGUGAUGCGUUGUACACGCCCCAGGCGGAACUUUCAGCAGAUGACCUGCGAGAAUUUCAAGCAAAGAAGUUUACCCUAGGAAGGAUCCCCUUGAGGCCACCACCCAUUGAACUUUUGACUGGUUAAGUAAAUUUAGAUUAGCUUCCAAGGUGUGACUUUGACUAAUACAACCCAAGUUCAAACUGAGCUUUCUUAAUUUACAUUUUAAUUCUUGCUAAAUGUGCUACUUUAUUAGUUUAUUUACUGAUGUGUUCUCUCUUCUCCCCACCCAGAAUUCAAAAAUUUGUGCUAGCUCUCAUAAGAAUAGAUGCAAUCGAAAUACAAUAUCUACUUCCCUCCACAGAUCCUGCCUGACCUGCUGAGUUCCUCCAGCAGUUUGAUUUUUGCUCUGGAAAAGUGAAUAUGUUGGUGAGAGUAUGGAAUGUUGGAUGCUCCUGUAACCUGAAAGUUGAUGAGCUGUUAUUUUAAUUGGAAACGGUCCUUAUUAACUCUUAAAUAUUAUUCAAAAUAUUUCUAGGGCUGCCUGUAGGCGAAAUUGAACAGGAAAGAUUUAUAUUAUGUAUACAAGUUUCUAUUUUUUAAAAAAUGUCAAGAGUACAAAUGAAUAAAGAUCAAUGAAAUCUGCAGAUAUCACAGUCUUGAAACUAUUUAUGAUACCUUCAGACUGAGCUGAAAUUAAACUUUCUAAAUGCCUGAACUUAUUCCAAGAGGAAAUUCAUAUAUUUUCCAAAACCAAUUUAUUCUAAUGUUUCAUGUUGUUUUAUAAACAUGAUACUUUAGGACUAAUUCCACAUUCAUCCUGGGAACCUUGGAUCAUGUAAUUACCCCUGUUAAAUAUAUAAAAAUAAUUGUUAGUAGAUUUGAUAUGCUGCAUAUGUUUUUCAACAUAUAAAACAAAUUCACCUGUAGUGCCCUUCCAAAACUGGAUAAUCCUUCAUUACCACUCCUUGUAUUCUGCUGAGUCUUCUAUAAUUGUAAAUUUGAAAAAUAUUCUUGUAACAAAUUAUAGCUUAGAUGCUAUCAUUUGAGGAAGAUUAAGAAGUCUCAAACCAUUUUGCAAUCUGUCUUUUAUGAACAUGUGGUUUUAUGAGUGUCAAUAUAAUUGUAUGCAGGUGGAUAUUGUAAUAUGUACAAAUUCAGAUAUUAUAAAUUAAGUACAAAGUAAAGUGCUGAGUAAACAAAU